AGGCGGGUAAUGAAGAGGGGGCUAACAUGAGUGAGGGGGGUAAUUAAGAGGAAGCUAACAUGAGUGAGGCGGGUAAUGAAGAGGAAGCUAACAUGAGUGAGGCGGGUAAUGAAGAGGAAGCUAACAUGAGUGAGGAGGGUAAUGAAGAGGAAGCUAACAUGAGUGAGGAGGGUAAUGAAGAGGAAGCUAACAUGAGUGAGGAGGGUAAUGAAGAGGAAGCUAACAUGAGUGAGGAGGGUAAUGAAGAGGAAGCUAACAUGAGUGAGGAGGGUAAUGAAGAGGGGGCUAACAUGAGUGAGGGGGGUAAUUAAGAGGAAGCUAACAUGAGUGAGGAGGGUAAUGAAGAGGGGACAUUUAACCUGCUGUGUGUGAUUAGAAUCAGGGCUGACCAGAUGAUGGGCUAGAGACAGAUCCAGGCGUUUUAUCUUUAUCUUUGUCUUGCAGGACCCACAGUCUGAUCACUUUGAAGAGAAGGAAUGGAUGUUCCAGAUUGAAGGGGAGUCACGUGGACAUAAAAAGCUACUGGCUGUUGCCCCUAUUGACCUGCGCAAAUAUGCAGCUGUGUCCCCUGCGCCACGAGAAAUAAAGCUAACGUUCACUCCUCGAUCUGUCAAGGUGGUGUCAGCCAUGCUGACUCUCAGCAUCACUUGCACUCUGUUGCGAGAGGGCAAAGCUACUGAUGAUGAUAUGCAAAGCAUUGCCAGCCUUCUGAGUCUGAAGCCCACUGAUAUCGCUGAUCUCGAUGACUUUAAUGAUGAUGAAGAUGACGAGAAGCCACGACCCGGCAGGAAUCCUCUAGGGAAUAUUUAUCGAGGUUAUGUUAAAAACAUAAUUUCCGAAGUCUUCUCAGGUAAACUGUCUCUCUGCCUUUCUCUUUUUACCCUUCUCCUCUUGUUUAACAUGGUCAUGUGCCUGUCAAUGGUGUAUUUAUAUUAGUAUGCAACGAUAAAAAGACACUAAUAGAAGUCCGUUCAUGUAUUUUAUUAAAAAAAUAAUAAUUGUAGCAUCUUUAUUUUUUAAUAAAAUUACUGCACUAAAACAGAAGAAGGGAAACGCAGUCAAUGCUUCACAAUGCUUCACAAGAACUGCUGGUGCAAUGAUAAAUGCGCUACAUCAUAUCAUGUCCGCUCGCACUUUCAUAAAUCUACCCCUUAGAGUUAUUAUUAAGAAUACCAAUGUUGUUCUUGUCAUAAAAAUGAAAACUGUUGUAUAACAAGCUCAAAAUCAUGGAAUUCCAAUCCCACCUCUAUCCUAAAGAUACUGGACUAUAUUAUGAUGAAUUUAUCAAGGACUAAAGCCGUACGACACGGCAGGGGUAUUACACAUCCAUUACAGAACAAUAAUUGUCAAUGUAUCUUUUAUUACUGCCAUUGUUGUAUGGUACUCUUUCUUACAAUAAAGCUUGUUUAAAAAAAAACCAAAAAAAAAACA